AUCCAUUCCGGUUGAACUCCUACAAGCUAUGCCGAGGUCAUUAUAAAUCUCAUCAAAUAAACAAGCUUCUGAUUCUCGAUCUUCUCUAAACAAAAAAAGACCAGAAAUCAGAGAUCCAUCCAUGGCAGCAGCUUUCGCAGCUCUAGUUUCUCUUCAAAAUGAUCUCUGCCUCAUCUACGAUCACCCCAACUAUACCUUUGAGGAAGAACAGAUUAACUCCCUUUGGGAUAUUGUCUGGUUCCUGAUCGAUUUCAUGGAAAGCUACGACAAUUCCCAUGGUGCCAGAAGAGAAACAGCAGAAGCUUUAGAGAUGCGAAUCGCAUGCGCAGCUCAAGUGGCAAAAGAUGUGAUCGAAGCACAUAUGGUCCAUCAGAUCCGUUGUGGAAAUACGCAAUCAUCUCGUUUCCUGCUGGAUCUGCACAAAGCAACCCAAGGAAUGGAUUACAUGAGAAGAAAGGCAUCAAUCGUCAGUUCGCAAAGUGGAUUGUUGGAGCCCUCCAAAAAUUCAUUAUCAUCACCGUCCACGAAGUCAACGCCUCUUCUAAGCUCUUCCAUGGUCGGAUUUGAUGAUAUCGUACUUCCACUUCUGCAUCUUCUCACCAGAGGUCCCUUGAGUCGAAGAGUCAUCCCCAUCGAAGGCAUGGGUGGAAUUGGUAAGACUACUCUUGCCAUAAAUGCAUUUCAACAUCCAUAUAUAGUGCAACACUUUGAUGUUUGCCUUUGGGCAACAAUAUCUCAAGAGUAUAGCAUUCACAAAAUCUUGUCACAACUCUUGUCUUGUCUGAAACGAUCCACUAGUGGAACUGUUGAUGAGAUGCGAGAAAGGUUAUACAAGAGUUUAUUCGGACAAAGGUAUUUGAUUGUUCUAGAUGAUUUGUGGAACCUCAAAGCCUGGGAUGAUAUGAAUGUUAAAUCCUUGUUUCCGGAUACAAACAAUGGAAGCCGAGUAGUGGUGACUACUAGGCUUGCAGAUGUAGCUUAUGACUUGGGCGAUUAUUCUGUUGCAAUGAGUUUUCUGGAUGAGGACAAUAGUUGGCUUCUAUUUUGUCAAAAUGCAUUUGCAGAGCAACAAGGUUGCCCUCCUGAGUUGGAGGAGACUGCAAAGAAGAUAGUUUCACGGUGCAAAGGACUUCCCCUAGCAAUUGUUGUUAUCGGAGGCCAUCUGAGGAAGUCCCCAACGGCUCUUGCCUACUGGGAGAAUGUUGCACAAUCAAUUUUGUAUUCUACAGGGAACUAUGAGCAAUGCUUGAAUGUGUUAUCUUUGAGUUAUCGAUACUUGCCUGCUCAUCUAAAGCCAUGUUUCCUACUCCUUGGAGCAUUUCCAGAAGAUGAACAGAUUUAUGCAGAGGAUGUUCUUAAACUUUGGAUUGCUGAAGGAUUUAUACAACAUUGUGACGAUUUCAGCCUGGAAGAGGUUGCAGCGGAUUAUUUAUGGGAUCUUCAUUUGAGAAAUCUCAUAAUAAUGGAUUGGUUGGACUAUAAGGGAGACAUAUCUGUAUUUAAAGUACAUGAUAUAGUAAGAGAAUUGUGCCUACAAACUGCCAAGAAAGAUGAGUUUUUAUCAGUGUUUGAAACUUCAGGAGGCAUAACUAGGGAGCGUCGGGUUUUAAUCAAUGGAGAGGUGAAUCAUGAAACAAUAAACAAUCUGAAUGACUUGAAAUUGUUGAGAACAUUGAGUAACGUUUUUAUGACAUUCAUAAGUGAGUCUAUUUUUCAGCAUGUUAACUUGCGGUAUCUUAAUGUGAAUCUUGUUUAUAUCCCUAGUCGGAUUUUUUAUUAUCUUCCCUCGUCGAUAUCAUUUCUUUGGAAUCUGCAAAUAUUAACAAUUUUUGUACCAAAUCAAUCAAUAGUAAUUGCACCUUAUGGGAUUUGGGAGAUGGUACAGCUUAGGCAGAUUGAGGUCAACAUGAUUUGUCUCAUUGAUCCUCUGGGCUUGGAUGAAGCAAAUCGCAUGGUUAUGAGAAAUCUAUACACACUUUUCAAAGUGGAGAAUUUCAGGCUUAGUGAAGAGGCUUGCAAGAGAAUCCCCAAUGUCAGACGACUAGAGUUAUCCUAUUGUGAUGAAGUAAGUUGGUAUUACUGUCCCCGCAAUCUUGGCUGCCUUAGUCAGCUGCAAUCCCUAGCAUUGAAGUUCGACGGCAAUUCCAAGUGGCGUGAGUUCGCUACGAACCUCACUUUCGCAAGUUCUCUCCUAUCGCUGAGUUUAAUUGGCUGUGGUGUUGAUUGGGAAGAGUUGACAAUGAUGGUUGGAUCAUUGCCUCAUCUUGAAAAGCUUUUAUUGCGGAAAAAUUCGGUCAUUGGAUCUGUUUGGACCCCUGUUGAGGGCAAAUUCUGUCACUUGAAAUCCUUGACUAUUAAUGCUUGUGGUGAUUUAGUUUGUUGGAAUGCUGACAACUCCCAUUUUCCAGUCCUCGAACAACUUCAUCUAGAAAAUUUGUGUAAAUUGAUUGAGUUCCCUUCAGGCAUAGGAGAAAUAGCAACGCUCGAAGAUAUUGUUUUGAAAUUUUGCAGCGCAUCUUCGAGCAUUUCAGCAAUGAGAACAUUGGUAGAGCAAGAGGAGCUUGGUAAUGAGAGCCUUCAACUUAUUGUAUGUUUUCGGGGUAACGUGGAAGCAGUGGAGAGCUUCAAGAAGGAGGUUGAAGAAGAGGGUCUCACCAGCAGUACUAAUUUGUCCCUGCAUUUCAGAACUUCCAAAUAACUUCCAUUCAUCCGCUUGUUGCAUCUCAAGGGAAUUGAGCAUAUGGUUCAUAGGCAUUGUAGAAAGGCAUUUGUAGUGGAGUGAUGCAAAAAGAAGGCAAAAAGUGCAAGAAUUUGAAGAAAAUAAAAAAACUGGCAAACUACCCAAGCUGGAUCCGACGGAAAAAUUGCAUGAAGCCACUUUAGUACAAUUACAAGACCGGUCCUUUUGCAACAUGUGUCCACCUCCAUCCAAGGCAUGAGAAAAGGGAAUUAUCUUUUGUAAAUGAGAGAUAUGUAAGGAAAAUACUCAACUUAGCUUGGGACCAACUAUCAACACGUUCCAUAUCAUCUUUAGUUUUAGCUCACUCUCUCUCUAGAAAUUACUCUUUUUCAUUACAGGACAGCCAUCAUUUUUUGUUUACUAUGGGGUGAAGUUUUAGUUUGUUUGUAGUGUUUAAAUGCUCUAGUUCUUUUGUAGCAAUUGUUUUGGUUGUACUCUUGCUAGCAUCUUAACUCCACAGUUAUGAGUGUUGCCCUUAUUUUGUUGCA